AUGACCUCAUACGCGGAUGAAACAACGCGUACCUGGGAGGAUACGGUCGGCGGCCUCCAGCAAAGAUCCAUAGGUCCAAAGGCUUCGAUAGUGUUUGAAGCAGCCAUGGGCGAACCGUGGACUCCCAAGAAAUCCAUCCCAAGAACCCGCGUGCGCGUCCCACAUCAAACAUUUCGCGACUUUGUAACACAGGCUCAGGAGCCAGGGGACCUGGGCGACUUGGGCAGAGGCAUCUUCGAAUGCCACUCGGCAAAUUUGCCCAAGUUGCCCAACUAUGCAUUCCCAGUUUCCCACUCUGGCGUCAAUCCCCGUCUCGAUUUGGUAUCGCUCGGUGGUGGCGUUCGCAUCGUCUGCAUCCUGUUUUCCUCGCUCCCUCGCUGGACCCUUGCAAUCGCCAACCAACCGCAGGUCGCGCGCAAAAACGGCGUGCCGCUGGGUGCUGUGCUCUCGUAG